CACCCCCUCCCUGUCCUCAUUUCCCUCUAUCUCUCUCUUUCCUACACUCCCUCUUCUCCAGAGCCCACUCAGGACAUAUGGCGGGGAAAGGUGGAAAGGGGCUUGUGGCUCAGAAGACAACUGCGGCGAACAAGGACAAGGACAAGGAUAAGAAGAGGCCUGUUUCUCGCUCUUCUCGUGCUGGAAUUCAGUUUCCAGUUGGCAGGAUUCAUAGGCAACUGAAACAAAGGAUUGCUGCCCAUGGGCGUGUUGGGGCUACUGCUGCUGUCUACUUAGCCUCCAUCCUUGAGUACCUUACUGCUGAGGUUCUUGAGUUGGCUGGAAAUGCUAGCAAAGAUCUCAAGGUGAAGAGAAUUACCCCAAGGCAUCUUCAGCUGGCGAUUAGGGGAGAUGAGGAGCUCGACACCCUUAUUAAAGGGACCAUUGCUGGAGGUGGAGUCAUUCCUCACAUCCACAAGUCCCUUAUCAACAAGACCUCCAAGGAAUAAGCUGAUUCAUAUGACUAUGAAACUGAUGGAUGUGUUUAAUAUUAUGACUUGCAUUAUGCUGUUAAUGGUUAUUUAGUUUAGCUAGGGAUCUUAGUACAUAUGGGCAAUCUGGUGCUUGCCUUUUGGACUAUUAUCUAUGUUCAGGUUAUGUGUCUUGUUGGAUAGUUGUAACAGUAUUCUUGCUUUAUCAAUCUUUAUCUGGAUUUAAACUG